AUGGGAACAGCAGCUGCUACUGGAGUAGCCACAGGAGAGACAACGCCUCACUAUGUUGCUCAGGCUGGUCUUGAACUCCUGACCUCAAAUGAUCCUCUCGCCUCGGCCUCCCAAAGUGCUGGGAUUACAGGAACUCAACAGAGGCAGUUAUUAUCCCGACUGCAAAUUGACCCAGUAAUGGCAGAAACUCUGCAGAUCAGUCAAGAUUACUAUGACAUGGAAUCCAUGGUCCAUGCAGACACAAGAUCAUUUAUUCUGAAGAAGCCAAAGCUGUCUGAGGAAGUAGUAGUGGCACCAACCCAAGAGUCGGGGAUGAAGACUGCAGAUACCCUUCGGGUACUUUCAGGACACCUUAUGCAGACACGAGAUCUUGUACAACCAGAUAAACCUGCAAGUCCCAAGUUUAUAGUGACGCUGGAUGGUGUCCCCAGCCCCCCAGGAUACAUGUCAGAUCAAGAGGAGGACAUGUGCUUUGAAGGAAUGAAACCGGUAAACCAAACUGCAGCCUCAAACAAGGGACUCAGAGGUCUCCUCCACCCACAGCAGCUACAGUUGCUGAGCAGGCAGCUUGAGGACCCAAAUGGUAGCUUUUCCAACGCUGAGAUGAGUGAACUGAGUGUGGCACAGAAACCAGAAAAGCUUUUGGAGCGCUGCAAGUACUGGCCUGCUUGUAAAAAUGGGGAUGAGUGUGCUUACCAUCAUCCCAUCUCACCUUGCAAAGCCUUCCCCAAUUGUAAAUUUGCUGAAAAAUGUUUGUUUGUUCACCCAAAUUGUAAAUAUGAUGCAAAGUGUACUAAACCAGAUUGUCCUUUUACUCAUAUGAGUAGAAGAAUUCCAAUACUGCCUCCAAAACCAGCAGUUACAACAGCAAUACCACCUUCUAGUAGUCAGCUCUGCCGUUACUUCCCGGCAUGUAAGAAAAUGGAAUGUCCCUUCUAUCAUCCAAAACACUGUAGGUUUAACACUCAGUGUACAAGACCAGAUUGCACGUUUUACCAUCCCACCAUUACUAUACCACCACGACAUGCCUUGAAAUGGAUUCGACCUCAAACCAGCGAAUGACACCCAGUCCUGCCAGGCAGAAGAUCAUGCAGUUUGAAAGUUUCCAUCUACUGAUGAAAGAUAUGCUACAGAACUUGUCAAAUCUUUGAAACUUGGAAUAUAUUGCUUUCAUAAUAUGAA